UAACUUGCCUGUGGUUACACAUUUCCUUGCGUCUUGAUGAAACUGAUUGUGUUUGCAAAAUGCUAAAAAGCAUAUUAGGUCAUGUGUUCAUAUAUGUAUUAAACUCCCAGGUGGUACAUCAGAGGUAGAACAGAGCUGCUACAGCAGGAGGCCUUCAAUAGUUUGGAUCUAUUAAAAUGGGACUGAAUUUGUUGGAAGUUUGGAUGCCAGUUUUACUUCUAAUUUCCAUAGCUGCCUGCUCAAACAUUUGCACUUCCAGAGGAGUGAGAACCUGCAAAGAAUGUUUGUCGAUACAUCCGACCUGUGCCUGGUGCUCUCAGGAGAUCUUUGGAAAGGGAGGGUCGAGUUUGUCCCGUUGUGGUCGCAGAGAGGAUCUUCUUCAGUCUGGUUGUGGCGUGAAGUUUAUUGAGUUUCCAGUUAGCAGCAUGAGGAUACUAGAGAACGUACCCCUGAGUGAUAGGUCAGGGGGUUCAGAUGACAUCACUCAGAUCCAACCACAAAAAAUCCACCUGACCCUCAGGCCAGACGAUUCAAAGAAAUUCACCGUCAGUGUGAAGCAAGCAGCUGAUUACCCAGUGGACCUGUACUACCUGAUGGACAUGACCAAUACCAUGAGGGACGACCUGCAUAAGCUUCAAGCACCGGGCAAAGAUCUGGUCAGUGCUUUACGGGUCGUCACCAGUAAUCUGCGCAUGGGAUUUGGAGCUUUUGUAGACAAACAGCUCGCACCUUACAUGUUUACUUACCCUGAAGAAUUCAUCCAGAAUCCUUGUUAUAGGCAUGAUGAAUCCUGCCCACCUCAAUUCGGCUACCGUAAUGUACUGUCUCUGACGGAGCAGGUAGAGCGGUUCACGGAGGAAGUGAAGAAACAGAAAGUGUCCAGAAACAGAGAUAGGCCUGAGGGUGGAUUUGAUGCUAUCAUGCAAGCAGUAGUAUGCAAGGACAAAAUUGGAUGGAGGCCUGAUGCAUCUCAUUUGUUGAUCUUCACAAGUGAUAGCACAAGUCAUUUAGCUUUGGAUGCCAGGCUGGCUGGAAUCGUCCAGCCCCAUGAUGGAGAGUGCCACAUCAACAACAACAAUGAAUAUGAGAAGUCCACUAUACUGGACUAUCCUUCACUUGGUAUGAUCACUGACAAAUUAUCUGAGAAUAACAUCAACCUCAUCUUUGCUGUAACCAACAAUGUGGUGUCAUUAUAUCAUAACUACAGCGAGCUGAUUCCUACAGUAGGAUCUACAGUAGGAACGCUCUCCAGAGACUCUGGAAAUGUUGUGCAUCUCAUUCUGGAUGCAUAUGCGAAGAUCAGGUCUAAGGUUGAGCUGGAGGUGCUGGGUGUGCCGGAUGAGUUAUCUCUGUUUAUCAAUGCAACAUGCCUGGAUGCAGAUGUCCAGUCCUGUCCCGGACUCAAAAUCGGAGAUAUGGUUUCAUUUAGCAUCGAGGCAAAACUUCACAGCUGCCCCAAAGAGAAGAGCCGGACCUUCAAGGUGAAGCCAAUAGGCUUUAAAGACACCCUUCAGGUGACUGUGGACUUUGCUUGUGGAUGUGACUGCCAGCAGUCUUCCGUGCCCGCCAGCCCGUCCUGUCACCAUGGCAAUGGUACCCUGGAGUGUGGCAUGUGCCUGUGCAAUCCUGGCCGACUGGGGGCUCGAUGCGAGUGCUCUGAGGAUGAAUAUAAACCCACCCAACAAGACAGCUGUAGUCCCGACACAGCAGCGCUGGUGUGUAGUGGGCGCGGAGACUGUGUGUGCGGCCAGUGUGUCUGCCACUCGACUAAUUUUGGGAAAGUUUGGGGGCCGUACUGUGAAUGUGAUGACUUCAGCUGCCUAUAUUCCAAAGGACAAAUGUGUUCAGGCAAUGGCGAGUGCAUCUGUGGGACCUGUCACUGUAGCUCCGGGUGGUCCGGCGAGAGCUGUGACUGUUCGACCAACACAGACGCCUGCAUGGGAAGUGGAGGAAGGCUGUGUAGUGAUCGUGGCCACUGUCUGUGUGGCGUCUGUGAGUGCACACAGCCAGGAGCCUAUGGACCAACCUGUGAGAAGUGUCCCACCUGUCCAGAUGCCUGCUCCAUCAAAAAGGAGUGUGUGGAGUGUAAACAUUAUAAGAGAGGGGAUCUGUAUGAGAAGAACUGCAAUCACAUCUGCAGAGAUGAGAUUGAGCUGGUGGACAAGCUGGUCUUUCAUAAGAAAACCUGCAGCUACAAGGAUGAGGAUGACUGCAUUCAGAAUUUCCAGUAUUAUGAAGAUGCCAGUGGAAAAUCCUUCCUCUAUCUUGUUAAAGAACCAGAGUGUCCUAGGGGUCCUGAUGUCUUGGUGGUCACUCUUUCGGUUGCUGGUGCGAUCCUGCUGCUGGGACUGGCUGCGCUCCUGGUCUGGAAGCUUCUGAUCACUAUUCACGACCGUCAUGAAUUUGCCAAAUUUAAGGAGGAGAAAGCCAGAGCUAGAUGGGAAGCGGAUAAUAAUCCACUCUACGAAGGACCCACCAGCACCUUCCAAAAUGCAGCAUAUCGUGGCAGUUAAGAAAGACACCACUUUUCCUCUAUCAAGCACAACCACUGAUCAUCUCAGCCAAUCACAGCUGGGUUCACUCAGCAAUGGGACUAGAACUGUGGCGACUAAUGCAGAAUGUACCACAAUGUUUUUAGAAAUAUUAUUAGAUAAUUUGAACACACUACUGUUCAAAAGUUUGAGGUCAGUAUGAUUUUUUUUAAAGACAUGAGUACUAUACAGCAAUGAUGUGUUAAAAAUUGUUAUAAUGGUAAAGAAAUAAAAUGUUUACAAUUCAAGUAUAUGCUGUUCUUUUAACAUUUCUAUUAAUCAUAGAAAAUGUAAAAAAGCAAUCAUGGUUUCCACAAAAACAUUAAGCACCAGAAACAUUUCAACAUCAGAGUAAUAAGAAAUGAUUCUUGAGCAGCAAAUCAGCCUAUAAGAAUGAUUUCUGAAGCAUCAUGUGACACUGAAGACUGGA